GCUGGCUGAACAGCAACAGCAACAACAUUGGUGAUCACUGUUAAGUUCGGCGGAACAGUCUUUCCAUCUCGUCUUCGCAGUCGUGAUGGAUUUCGGCACGCACUGCGCAGUGACGACCUGCAAGCAGCUCGACUUCCUGCCGUACACUUGCGACGCGUGUCAUCGAAUUCACUGUGCCGAGCACCGCGCGUACACGGAUCACACCUGCCCUGAAGCAUACACAAAGGAUGCCCGUGUUCCAGAGUGCCCAAUAUGCGGCAAGCCAGUGCCCGUCCCUCGCAAGGGCAUGGAUCCAAACCUCGCGAUGGAAGAGCAUAUCAACGGUGGCUGUGCGACCCCUGCAGCAACAGCGACCAAGAUUUUCGCAAACGCCUGCAGCUUCCAGAAUUGCAAGACGAAAGAGGCCAUGCCAAUGCGGUGCGCAACCUGCCGGAAGAAUUAUUGUCUGAAGCAUCGCAUCGAGCAAGACCACCAGUGCUCCGCACAGGCGGGAGCGUCCCAGCAACGAAACCAAGGUUCCGGGCCGUUCCGCUCAACCCCAGCUCAACCCGCUGCUUCUCGGACGACUCCAGCACCGAGCGCUGCCAAAUCCAACACGCGACCGCAGCAGGGCGCGAUGAACACAACUGGUAGACAACUUGCGGAAGAGCGAAGCCUGCGACAGACAAACGCCCCAUCCAAUCGGGCACCAGCAAGCGCAGUCCAUGCCAACGGCGGCUUGAGCGAGGACGAGGCUUUGGCGCGCGCCCUUGCCGAGUCAGCACGCAUUUCCAGCAGCAGUGGACCGACAAGCAAUGCUCCAGAUGGCUCUAAUCUGAGUGAAGAAGAUAUCGAGCUCCAGCGCGCCAUGCAGCAGUCUUUGGCCGAGCAACAGCGUCGCCGGCAACAGCAACAGCAACAGCAACAACAGCAGCAAGCUUCGAAUAGCGAGUCAGGUUGUUGCGUGAGCUAGGUGGAGUCCAACUCUUUGUAUUUAUUGACAGCAAACUGUAUACAAUUAAAAAUCCCAAAUGGCAUUGAC